UGGAGGAAAGUAGAUCUUUAGGCGAACGACCUCGUGAGAUGAAUUCCCUAAAUAAGCGUGCUAUUAGCAAUUAUAUAGUUUCAGAAAACAUUAAACAUUAAACACGACCGAAAUAUAGUCGUUCAUGUGUUAAAAGGGACUAAUGUUACGCGAUACUGACGUUACUGCAGGUAACUAGUUCUGUACGCGGAGGCACAUUGAGGCACGGUCGCGAUUCGUUGUUUCCAAAUGUGGCAAGCGCGGCGUAAGUUCACUUGAGGUUUGAUUGAUGGACCGUAGGCGGAAACUAUACGCUUGUAAACUUUGUACGAUGGUCGUGAGGGGCUAGUUUUGGAGGUUUGUUUUUGGAAAUCACGAGCUGCCUGAAUCGCGGCUUUCAAACAGACAGAUAAAUCCGUCCUCAAACUCCAGACCCCGCGCGUUUUGUGUGCUAAAGGGAGCUAAUGUUUCCUAGCCUAGCAUAUGUGAGGUAAGUUCGGAGUCGAGGGACGCGAUCUGCUGGGUUUGAUCUGGGAUCUGCUCGGAUCUCUGCACCUAAGUUACCGCGGGGCGAUGUUAGGGGGAAACGGGAUGGCCAGAGGGGCUGGGCGCUCCGGUAACGGCGCGGGAUUGACCCCUCUACAGGUGGGCAGUACAUCUGGGGCUCUGGGGGCGGUAAACUCUGCCAUAAACCUGCCUGACGGCGGCAGGUACGACGACAGGCCGUCGGUGGAGGCUGUGCUGAGCGGCUCCGACGGAGACUCGGACUCCGGGGACGAUGAGGAGAGUCCCGCGGUGGACAGGAGAGGGGUGAAGCGGGAGAGGAGUGAGAUGGAGGUCGGUGUAUCCUCGGGAUCUCACGCGGGACUGUCGGCGGGAUACGGAGGGGUUUCCGCCGGGGUGGCCGGCGCUAAACCGGGCAAGAAAACGCGAGGACGGGUGAAAAUUAAGAUGGAGUUUAUUGACAACAAGCUGAGGAGAUACACGACCUUCAGCAAGAGAAAGACUGGCAUUAUGAAGAAGGCUUACGAAUUAUCCACCUUAACGGGGACGCAAGUUUUGCUCCUGGUUGCCAGCGAGACGGGCCACGUCUACACGUUUGCCACGCGGAAACUUCAGCCCAUGAUCACCAGUGAAACGGGUAAAGCCCUGAUCCAGACCUGCCUGAAUUCCCCUGAUUCUCCACCCCGUACGGACCCUUCAACAGACCAGCGGAUGAGUGCCACCGGAUUCGAGGAGACGGACCUCACCUACCAGGUCUCAGAGGCUGAUGGUCUCACAGAGCCAAAGGAGAUGAUCAAGCCGACGUUCACGGCUGCCUCUGUACCCGGAGGAGGCACCAGCACCAACAGCACCACCACACAGUCGUCGGCCUCGUCCUCUCCCUCCUCGUCCUCCGUCUCCAUGCACACCUCCAGCAGCAGCUGCUGGCCGGUGGCCGCCGGGAUGAACGCUCAGAGCGUCUCCAGUGCGAACGGGACGGUGCUCAAGAGCUCUCCGGCGGGGGUCAUGCAGCUGCCCAGCGGAUUCACGCUCAUGCCAGGCGCUUCUCUUCCUCCUGGCACACACACUGUUCCUCUCAGUCAGCUGCAGACACACUCUCUGGCCAUACAGUGUCCACAGACGCAAACCAGCAGCAGCAGCAGCUCCGCCGCCGCACACACACAGGCCACGCUCUUCCGCCUGCCGGCCGCGGUCUCGCUCACAGGUGGUGCGACGCCUCAGCAGUUACAGGCCAUCCAGGUCCACCCCAGUCCUCAGAGCAGUGACAGCAGUCCCGAGAUCAGUCAGACCUCCACCAGCUCCACUGCAAGCCACACCGCUACGAUAGUCACGUCCUCAGUGCCUUCUUCAGUGGCAGGUCACAUGAUGUACCCUGGAGCGCACGUCAUGUACGCUACAUCCUCCUCUACCCUUGCCGACGGGGGUCUGACUCUGCUCAAUACCUUCCCACAAGCCCCCGCUGCGAUGCACAUGUCCCACACACAAGCCCAAGACUCAGGUCCGGCAGACGGUCACAGUGCAGUUCCCCAGAUGUUUUUCACGGGACCUCCUGGAACUGUACAGAUCCCAGUUUCAGCCGUUCCACUACAUUCGAUGUUAAUAAACCAGCAGCCCACCGGUAGCAGCAGCGCCACCCUCACAGAACUGCGGGUGGUGAAUCUGGACAAUCCCAAAGGAGACUGACCCGUAAAGCACGCGGCCGGUGUGACCGUCCACUCACACUGAUAUUCCAGGGAUCACUCAUGCCAUGCAAUCAGACUGCCAUUAUAUUUAUUACUGCCUUCUCGCUGCGUGGGACAUGCGUCAAUAAUGAGGUGUGAUAAUGACGAUUGAAGGAUGAUCACAUCUCCUCACGGACUCGUUUUGGUGGGUGGUGUGAUAAUGGAUGUUUUUUUGUUCACGCGCAUCUAUACUUCAGGAUUUCAUAGAGACGUGUCUGCACUGUCGCUUCUGGGACUUCACCUGUUUUUGAUGAAAGAUCUUGUUCACUUUCAGUAAAUCCAAACCUCUUCGCUGUACAACAGUUGAAGGAUCUUCAGUUCAAUCUUUCUUUCUUUCAGGAACGCCUCUCUUGAUCUGAUUUGUAAUUAAUUUUUCUUUGGAGGUCAAAAAUGGAUUCUUUCCAGAAUUUAUGUUGUGAAAUCAGCCUAUUGGUAUAGUUUCAAUGGCGGUUUGUGUGAUAUUUAUCGCUUUAAGGAAUGUUUCACUCAGAAAGGACAAUUCUUUUUGUCCAACCUUCUGUCCAUUUAAAUAAAUGGUGACUGAUGCGGACGAGCUCCAAGUACCACCUUUUUAUAAAAUUAUUAUUAUUUUUUAGUCAUUUUUAGAGCUCAAUAGCACCCGUUCCCAUUUAUAAGCAUCAUCAGACUUGGAAAGACAUGAGGGGGAGGAAAUCAUGAGUGAACUUGCUCUAAAAGUAAUGCUGGAUACUCUUGCACUGCCAUCAACAUUCACUAGGGGCUUCAUGUACAGUUUGAAUUUAUAAUUUCUUAAAAAUACAAUUUUUCAUCCUCAUCACUUUCUCUGUGGCCUUUGUUAUUCACUUGACCCUUCGCUGGGAGUUUGAUUGACAGGCGAUCUGACCAAUCAUAAUGCCAAAUCUGCCAUUUUGUCUGACAAACAAACAAACCAGAGUAGAUUAACGUCGGUAGACUUGAACUUGAAAAAGUGUAUUGAUGUUUUUCUGCGGUUGAAACAAGAUACCUUCUGAUGUUCAUUCAUGUUUAUUUUGUGCUAUAACUAGUAAAUAUGAAAAGACGUUCAUGUGCCGCUUGAUCUGAGGCGCUACAGCGAUCUCUCACGACAAAUUAAAGAGCCACAAAAUGGUAUUUAUGGUUUGAAUUUCUUAAAUUACAAAAUUCAAAAGCUAAGACAUUGUUUCUUCCCAACAGUAACCUGCUGUGUCUUGUCUGUCGGCACGUUGUUAGUUUCCUCUUUGCUCCGCCAUGCAUUUUUGACACUGUGGGGGCAAGUCUUUGCCGAAGGCUCAAUUACAAGUUAUAGGAAACCCUAAAAUAAAUCGAUUAUUUCUGUGUGCUGCUAUAAUUUGGAUUUAAACAUGAUCCGUACUGCAAAAAUGUAGGAAAAAGAUAGCAUGUCAUUCCAUGUUGUAAUGCUGUUCCAAACUAUGCUGUACGUAUCAAUAGCUGGAGUUUAAUCUAAGUGUCAGAAGUCGACUCUUCUGCUCCAAAGGCUUCACGUGCUUUCACUUUUUAUGAUGCUGUAAGAGAAAAACACUGACUUGCAUUUGCACUGCAUGACAACGUACCGAAAACAGCGGUGCUGCGCAAUCACAGGUGAAUAAAUGAUGUGGAUUGUGCUCCCAUGGCUUAUUUAGUUUACGUGAUUGAUCUGCUACUAGGUACUAGAAUGGCAUUUUUUUUUUUUUUUUAAACAACUUAUUUUAACUAAGUUAAAUCAAAAGUAGUAAAAGUGUUUAUAUGUGCACCCAUAUAUUAAUAUUGUAAGUUUUUUCUUUAAUUUGUCACCUUAAUUGUAUAUUUUUUGAAUAUUUCAUCUGGAUUUCUCACGACAUCCAAAGGGCUGUAAAUCUCAACGUGUGUAUACGAUUCCUUUGGUUUUUCUCCACAGAUUUCACUCAUUCAGACUGCAAGUUUGGACCAUAAAGCCUUUUUCUCGUACUGUUAAACCGAUUUCAAUGGACCACGGCGAUACCGAGUUUCAGGAAUGCAUAGUCUCUUCUUUUUGUGGAUUUUUAGUUUGUGGAUUUGAGCACAACAUUUUGACCUGUUUGACCCACGCAAACCGGAUAACGAAUGAAAAAAAGACAUUGUGGGAUUUAUGAAGCAGCCAGAACACAAGUAUUUGACUCUUUUAUUCAGUAUUAAUGCGUUUUAAGUCCAG